AAGCACAUAACAACAGUGCCAGCAGACAGACCUGGUCAAGCUGGCAUUCCAAGCUGAAGUUUCAGUGGGUGCUGGGAUCCCGAGUGAAACGAUGGCUUUCUCCAGCACCUUCAGGUGCACCAACCUCCUGAGUGGAAAAGUUUAAUGGCUUUCAGGUAGAGGCCAGCAAGAGACGAUAAAGAUGAACACAGUAACCUCCAUGGACAGACACAUUCAGCAGACAAACGAUCGGCUGCAGUGUAUAAAACAGCAUUUACAGAAUCCUGCAAACUUCCAGACUGCUGCCACUGAGCUCCUUGACUGGUGCGGCGACCCACGCGCAUUUCAACGUCCCUUCGAGCAGAGUCUGAUGGGUUGCUUGACGGUUGUCAGCAGGGUAGCCGCACAGCAAGGUUUUGACUUGGAUCUUGGAUACAGACUGCUGGCUGUAUGUGCUGCAAACAGAGACAAGUUCACUCCAAAAUCAGCAGCUCUCCUGUCAUCGUGGUGCGAGGAUUUAGGGCGGCUCCUGUUACUUCGCCACCAGAAGAGUCGUCAGAACGACACCCCUGGUAAACUGCCCAUGCAGCCGCCAAUGAACCCUAUGAGCACUAUGAAACCAACACUCCCUCCUGGGCCCCACAGUGAUGGGUCAUUCACCUAUGACCCUGUUCCUUGGCAGCAAAAUACGAGUCAACCACCAGGGUCGUUGUCUGUAGUUACAACUGUGUGGGGAGUCACCAAUACAUCACAAAGCCAGCAGGUGCUGGGAAAUCCAAUGGCAAAUGCCAGUAACCCCAUGACUCCAGGAGGCAACCCAAUGGGCUCAGGGAUGUCGGCGAACAACCCCGGGAUUAACUCGCCUCAAUUUGCCAGUCAGCAGCAGCAAUUUUCGGCCAGCAAGGGUGGCUCCAACCAAGCCUACAUGCAGCAGGGCAUGUACGGCCGACCAAACUACCCUGGAAGUGGCAACUUUGGGAGCAGUUACCCCGGUGGUCCCAAUGCCCCUGGCUCCAUGGGCAUUCCUCCACACAGCAGGCCGCCAACAGAUUUCACUCAACCAGCAGCGGCAGCGGCAGCAGCAGCGGUUGCAGCCGCCGCAGCUACGGCAACAGCAACUGCGACUGCGACCGUGGCCGCCCUGCAAGAGAAGCAGAACCAGGAGAUGAACCAGUACGGCCCGAUGGGCCCAGCCCAGGCUUACAACAAUCAGUUCAUGAAUCAACAGGGAGCACGGGGCCCCUCAUCUAUGCAGGGCAACAUGAACCCAGGAGGGAUGGGAGGUGGCAUGACCCCGUCCAGCAUGAGCGGACCCCCCAUGCCCAUCAACCAGCCCAGACCUCCAGGGAUGAAUCCGGUGUUUGCGUCCCACAACCAGAGAGUGUCACAGCAGGGCUAUCCAGGCCCACGGCCAUCGCAGCCAAUGCCUGUGCAGGGAGUGAAAAGACCCUAUCCGGGCGAGGUGAGCAAAGCUAAGCCAAGUUAUGGAGCACAGCAGUAUGGACCAAGCAGCCAGUUUGCCAAUCAGCCUGGCCAGUACCCAACAGGCAACCCUCAAAGGCCCAUCACAUCACCCAGUUACCCUGGCCAGAGGCUGCCUGGCCAACAGAGUACAGGCCAGUAUCCUCCACCUCCAGUGAACAUGGCUCAGUACUACAAGGCAGAGCAGUUUAAUGGACAAAACAACAGUUUUGCUGGAAGUGGCUAUACCUACAGUCAAAGUAGUCUGAAUGGGUGUCCUCUCUGUCUCUCCAUCACAAAUGCUGGGAGUGGAAAAGAAACCAAACCUCCAAGGUCCGUGGCAAGUUACCCUCAUUCUCCUGUGCCGGGGAAUCCCACUCCACCCAUGACUCCAGGAAGCAGUAUUCCACCAUACCUGUCUCCUAACCAGGAUGUAAAGCCACCAUUCCCACCUGAUAUCAAACCCAACCUCAGCUCCUUGCCGCCGCCACCUCCAAAUGCUAAAGGGAAAGUUGACACUUUCUCUCCCUCUUUGGUCUCAGCCAAUGAUGAGCUGCGGUUGACAUUCCCAGUCCGAGAUGGUGUGGUUUUGGAGCCCUUCCGAUUGGAGCAUAACCUGGCAGUCAGUAACCAUGUCUUCCACCUGCGGCAGUCAGUGCACCAGACAUUAAUGUGGAGGUCUGACUUGGAGCUUCAGUUUAAAUGUUAUCACCAUGAAGACCGGCAGAUGAACACCAACUGGCCAGCAUCUGUCCAGGUCAGUGUGAACGCCACACCCCUCACCAUUGAGAGAGGUGACAACAAGACUUCUCACAAGCCUUUGCAUCUGAAGCAUGUCUGUCAGCCAGGAAGGAACACCAUCCAGAUCACAGUCACUGCUUGUUGCUGUUCGCACUUGUUUGUACUUCAGUUAGUUCAUAGACCAUCAGUCCGCUCCGUGCUUCAAGGCUUGUUGAAGAAAAGGCUUCUUCCUGCUGAACAUUGCAUCACAAAAAUAAAAAGGAAUUUUAGCAGUGUGGCAGCUUCCUCGGGCAGUGCUACAUUAAAUGGAGAAGAUGGAGUGGAACAGACAGCGAUCAAGGUAUCUCUGAAGUGUCCCAUCACGUUCAGGCGGAUCCAGCUACCAGCGAGAGGCCAUGACUGUAAACAUGUACAGUGUUUUGAUUUGGAAUCGUACUUGCAACUGAACUGUGAGAGGGGAACAUGGAGAUGCCCUGUUUGCAAUAAAACAGCUCUCCUGGAAGGACUUGAAGUUGACCAGUACAUGUGGAGCAUCCUAUCCAAUAUUCAAAACUCAGAGUUUGAAGAGGUCACCAUUGAUCCAACAUGCAGUUGGAGACCAGUUCCAUUGAAGUCUGACAUUCACAUCAAAGAUGACCCAGAUGGCCCACUGUCCAAGAGGUUUAAAACCAUGAGUCCCAGUCAAAUGAUUAUGCCAAAUGUCAUGGAGAUGAUUGCAGCUCUGGGACCCGGUCCAUCACCAUACCCUUCCUUACCUCCACCACCGGGAGGCAGCAGUGGCAAUGAAUAUGGCAACCCAGGUAACACUUACCCCAGCCAUGGGAACUUCGAUUUCCCACAUGGCAACCCUGCUGGUACUUCUGUGAACGACUUCAUGCAUGGGCCCCAGUUGUCGCACCCUCCAGACAUGCCCAACAGCCUUAUGACUCCUGACAAGCCUCUCAGCCACUCCAUGCCUGACCAGAUGCCUCAUCCUGGCAGUACUGAUCAGUCCCAUAGUUCCAUGCAGCAAGGUUUGCACGCACUUCACCCCAGCAGCCAGUCAGGGCAGCCAUUACACCACAGUGAUCCUAGCCAGCAGCCCCGGCAGGCUGGUUCUAGCAACCAUCCGCACAGUGAUCUGACCUUUCGCCCUUCCUCCACCUUGGAAGGUCAGGCUGGUGGUCAGGGAACGUCCGACAUGCCGGAACCCUCACUGGAUCUUAUUCCAGAAUUCACAAAUCCAGAUGAGCUUCUGUCCUACCUUGGCCCUCCUGACCUGCCCAGCAAUAGCAACGAUGACCUUCUCUCUCUUUUUGAGACCAACUGAAAGCCCGUCCCUUCAUACAUCCUCACCACGUAGCCACACAAGAAGUCAAAACACCCAAUUCUGCAAGAGCUCAUACACUAGAUGAAAUGAUGCACUCCAGACUCCUCUUAUGUCCAAGAUGUUUGAAUUGCACCGUCACAUUGACUGAAAGCAGUGUGGGCGGUGGGAGAGGAAGCUUGUUAGGUGGUGCUGCCGCUUCACUGGAAACAUCAUUUAUGAUUGAUUUUUUUUAAAUUAUUUUAAAAAAGGAAAAACCUUGUAGCUUUAUCCAGUCAAUUUUUGUGAACAAAUAGGAAGAAUUCCGUUGUGUAAAGUGUCCAGGCACUAAAUUCAGGAACACAACAAAGAAAAGGGGAAGAAUUGUUUUAUGCAGGCCAAUCCCCACCAUUGCCUUUCUUCCACAUUCCCGCUCCCCAUCUUCGAUACAAUAUACUAGAAACAGCUCCUUCACGCAGCAGCUCCAGUGAGAAUUACAGAAGAUGGACUGAGAGGAGGGAUGGACAUUAAAAUGUAUUUAGGUCAGAAUGCAAGUAGAAAGCACAACAAUGCUGGCCUGAAUGUCCAAUUGGGAAUGCAUGUACAAAAAUGGUGGAAGGGAAGUCUUGGCCUCCAUACCUGAAGAAUCUUCUUCUAGUGCUGUGUAUUUCGGUACAUGUACAAAGAUUUUUCCUGUUUGUUCUUUUAUCAUUGUUUUGCAAUUAAGAGACUGUUGGCAGCCUGCAAGUCAAAUGCAAAUAUAUCCAUUCCUUGCAGAGUUUUAUUGCAAAGCACAGGUGUCUUGCUGGCAUUAUCGUGCCACACCGGCAUUGUGUCCACACUGGGCCAGUCAUUAAGAAAUCUCAAUAUUCACAGCUCGGCCUCAAAAGCAAAUUGUCGGUCUUAUGAUAGUGUACAGCAGAAGCAGCAAAUGUCGGAAAACUUGCUGCAGCAAUCAGAUUGGUGAGCUGGGUAAGAUUCACUGCCGAAAAAGCUGGGAACCCUGGCGUUCAGUGGCUGAAGAUAUCUGCAACAUAUUCCUGGUUUGUGUUUUCCCUUGAAGACUGUUACAAGUCCUGGGAACCACAACACUGGCCGUGCACCAGGGAUGUUUUCUUCUUUUACUACACUGACACCUCUUUAACCUGCAUAAGCGCACCACACUUCUUUGGUCCUCAUUUUGUGCGGACGUUUCUUUCUCACACUGUGCUGUUCAAUGGUAGAAUGACAGGACGGGGGAGAAACAAAUACCUGCAUGUGUGCGCGACAACUACCCUGCAUCUGUGCAGUCCAAAUACAGAUUAACUGUACCAAUAAACUUGAUUGAACUGCAUACUCUGCACCUCCCAAAAACCUGUACAUUUUUAUUCUGCAACACUACCUGUGCUACGUAAUUGCAAGUGCCAGAGGAAUUUGUUGCAUUUCCAAUUAGUUUUUAUUACCUUUUUUUAUUAUUAUUAUUACUAUGCUGAUCCUUUUUCUUUUCAAUGUACAACAAAAUGAUCUGAACUUAGCUUGCCACUGGAAGCUUGGACGAUGCUUUCAUCACCAAAGUCACUAGUUUAUUUUACCUACAUUUUGCUCCUUCUAGAUGACAAAAUCUGAUCCAUCUCUGCUGUAUGUGCAUAGUUAUGUAUGCUAGUUACCAGUACUCAGCUGUAGAUAUUAAAAUGAAUGGCUAUUUGCCUUUGCUAGUAGCAGUAUUGAAUCUGUAAUCGUUACGUAGAAAGUUGCCAAGUAAUUGAAUACAUUUGAGGUUCUUUUUCUCUGUCUCAAGUUAAAGGCGAUGUUCAGUAUGCAAAUUGAUUAUUUUAAAAGGCUAUUGUAAAUACCUUUGUGAAUAUUUUAGUAACGUCUUUGAUAAUAUUCAACAUUUUCCAUGAUCAGAUUGGUUGUCUUUUUCUGUGGUUUUUAAAUUGUGGUCCCACUUUCAAAGAGGAUUCUUCUACAGAGUAGAGGAGUAUACUCCACCUUGACCCAAAAACUGAAAAUAUAAAAAUUACGAGCAAAAGUGUUUCCCUUCUUUACUAAGCCUCUGAGCUUUCUAAUGUGUUCCAUUAAAGUGUAAGAGAGAACACAAACACGAGCGUAGGACAGUUCAUUUCUGUUAAGUGAAUAAUAUGUUUCGUUUCUUGGGAAUAUUAACAAUUUAAUCAAGAGUUUUGACAUUCAAUUCUUGGAAUUGUUUUUACUGUAAGGGAAGUUUCUAAAUGUAAAAUAUUCUACUGCAAUUGUUUUUAAUUGUCAAAACAAGUUUGAGAGGGAGUGGGCUGUAAGGCAUUUGGCUGAAUUUAUUACAGUAACGUUUAUGAAUAGGCAAGAUAUGCAGAUGAGGAAAAGCAGGAAGGAUAUUAUUUUGAGAUUUUCACUUAACAGAAAUUUGGGCAGUCAUAAGUGCAGAUUUGAGUACAUUUUUAUCUCUGGGUAUGGAUGUUGGAUAGUUCAAGGAAGUUCAAUUAUAAAAUGUUGGCCUGCAUUGCAUUCUUCUGAUUUGGCACCUCUGUGUGAUUUGCCCCAACAUCAAAGCUAGAAGGUGACAUUUGUCACCAAACCAAUUGGCUGUAAGUGUGAAUUGACACUUACGGGAUCACCAGCUUUGGUGGUUGAGUUCACCUGGUGGCACGUGGCACUUUUCCACUCCACAGCUCCAGUCCUGGCUUCUGCUUGUGUGGAUGCAAUGAGGCUUCAUUCUGCAACCCUUUUUUAGUUUCUUCCCAUUUUAAAACUAGCCAGUCCCUUGGUCUGGCAAGGUACUGGUUCAUUAUUGAGAACUUGUUUGUUUGAAACAGCUUUCACAAAAACAUGUAGGAUAAGUGAAGAGUAUCCAAUGACAAAACAAUGCACUGCCAAUGUAUUUUUCCCAAAAAAAAUUCUAACAUGUUUUAAUGUUAUUUUAAAACAAAAGAAGUCUGCUGGUGAGUGAGCACUGGCAUGUUUGGUGUUGACUCUUUUUUUAAAAGCUGUUUCACAACUGUAGUUCUCAUGGUUUUAUAACAGUCAUUGUGGUACCCUGGCUGGGAAGGAACCUCCGUGAUCUUUGAGUCCCUGCUCAGACUUCUGUAGGACAAAGCAGACAUACCAUCGUCUAUGGUAAGGGACUAAGGGACAUGUGUACAUAAUGUAAAUGACAAAGGGAGACAUGUUCAAUGUAAAGAUAAGUCCGUUCAUUUUCCUGAAAUGUGCAUUGUCUCAACAAGCUUGUAAUCCAUCAGAAGUGACUGUGUGGAAAAUGAAUACUGUUUGUUAUCUUUCGUGAAGUUCCAGCAUUCAUUCACCUCUGUAAUAUACUCUGAACCUUCAAAAGAAACCUUUGUUUUACCUACGUGUAAUACUUAGCUUCAGUGUAUUAUCUAGUAGAUCACCUGCAUAUUUUUAAGGUGCUACAAAAUUAAUGAAGAAAAUUGAGGGGUUUAAAAAGAUUGUAACCAAAUUCAUAGUUUGUACAAUUUUUGAUAUCAUGAUCAUUCAAGAAUUCAAAAAGGGUACAAUCUCUGUGUCACAUGCAGAAAUGGCCAUUUUUUUCUUUCCGUUUGUACAUUGUAUGUACAAUGCAAUCAUUUCAUACUUUAAACUGGUCAGAAAACUAAUUGUGAUUUUUAGUCUUGCAAACUGUAUGUAGUUAGAUGAUGUGACAACCUAAUAUUUAUCUAAUAAAUAUGUAUUCAGAUGAAA